GCAGCCUUCGCAGUUCACCAGGCGCACUAGUCACCAAAGGGGGCAUGAUGUAAUUAAACGUCAAUGGAGGAUUAAUCCGGUAUUUGUGGCAAUAGGGACAGGGAGGAGGGAUUCAAGGAGGAGGCAUUGGUGCCGUGUGGUUCUGGAAAAAGCUCGCGAGCGAACUCGUCUGCGGGAACAAGCUCCGCCUCGCUCUCCGUCGUCUCCCCUGAUCCCCACGGCGAGCGAGGAUGUCUCUUUCAGUUCUUCGCCCGCUCGAGCAAGAACAAGUCGAAGUGAUACCCUUCCCCUCCGCCGCGGCCACCAUGGAAGCUCCAUCGCGCGCGGUGUGCGCGAUCCAGUCAGGAGGAAAUGCUGAUGAUGUGCCAGCUGAGGACGGCAGUGCCCCGUGGGGCGCAUCAACUGUGCACGGCAGCAUCUUUAUGUUUGUUCAUGGAAGAGGACCCAAUGACUUCCUGUUUAUCCUCGAUAGCGGAGCAUCUGUGCAUGCCACACCACGGUACUACCUCCUUAAAGACAUGGUAGCAGUUCCACCGGGCCAGUCAGUUCGUGCAGCCAACGGGAAGAAUAUUCCAAUCCGCGGCCGUGGGCGCGUGUCUCUGGAGAACUUCAUCACUCUAGAGGACGUCGACUACAUCCCCGGCCUCACCGCCAACAUCGUCUCGGUUUCCAAGCUGGCCGAGCUCGACUACGAGGUGAUCAUGGGUGCUGAGUGCUUCGUCAGGGACAACACGGCUGGUGGGGCGCUGGUCGGGAGGGGCCGCCGCGUCGACGGAGUGUACGUGCUGGAUUACCUCUUGGUCCCGCCCGGCAGGGUAGCUGCUGCUGCGCCGCAGGAACCAGCGGCGAACUGAGUGAGUGAGAGAGGGAGAAGAAGCUGACGACUGGACUUCUUGGAAUAAAUAGACUACCUGGUUGUCUCACAAGGAUAAACGUCUGUUAUCUCUGUUGCAUGAUUGGACCAAGAGAACUGCAAACCAUUAUUCUCGGUGCAUAUUCUGUGCGCUGCAUUGGCCUGUGUUGGCAAACCCUGUGCAAAGAACUCUGGAUGGUACAACUAGCUUGACAUACCAAUAACUCUGUCGUGAGCACUACAGAUAGGUACAAACUCAGAUGGCACAGCACAAGAAAACAAAUUAAGCUACUAGCAGCGUACAUUUUUGCAAGGGUAACCACUGCCCGACCUGUCGUCUCUUGAUUUUUUUUAUUGAGGUACCUCUAGGCGCCCUCAUCGACGUCUUGUUUCUCUUGGUGUAUUGGGUUUUUUAGCUGUAUAUAUGUGUAGGCGAAGUCUCCCAUUACAAUAUUAACUAGCUAUAUACCAAGGGAGAUAUAUAUAUAGUUGAUUCCAACUGGUCUGUACUAUUGUCCGUUAUUGUUACUAAAACAUUUAAAUGUAAAUAUUAUUAUACUAAUUAAUUGCAUGAAAUAAUGAAGUUUUAGGUUCCAUUUU